CGAGCGAAAGAAAGGGUGCUGAAGUUCACUGAACAACAGUUGCCUAUUUUUUCCCAUCAAUUUUUUUGUUUUGUUUUAUUUAAAAAAAAACUCCCUAUUUGGCUCUCUCAACUCAACCUUUGACAGAAAGCAAGUGGAGUUUAAUAUUUCAAUAAGGGAGAAGACAAUGGGGACAUUCUCUGAAGAUAUGAGGAGACUUCUGGACGACUGUGAGCUGUUUGUGUCAGAGAUCCUGCAGAAUGAGAACCUCAGCAAGCAUGCCCAUGAGACGCGUGAGAUCCUGCUGCGAAACUUCCAUGUGGUUCAUUCCAGAAAUCCCCAGGAGUUUCCAUACAGAUCUGACUCCAGACAAGAGGACAGCUCGGACGACAACCAGAGCUCCAGCCUCGGCCGCUCAGUGCCCUCUGAUGACGCGUCAGUGGCCUCCGACUUCCAGGAUGAAGGCUCUCAAGAAUACUUUGAAGAGAUCCCUGUGGUGGCAGCUCAGGAGCUCAGUAACAUCUUGAAACAAGGCUACUUGGAGAAGAAGCGACGAGAUCACAGCUUCUUUGGCUCAGAGUGGCAAAAGCGUUGGUGUAUCCUCAACAACACCAUAUUCUACUACUUUGGGAGCGAAAAAGACAAGCAGCAGAAGGGCUCAUUUUACAUCAAUGGCUACAGUGCAGAGAUGGUGACUAAUCUGCGCAAAGACUCCAAGAAGAGCGCAUGCUUUGAGCUGACUGCUCCCGGACGACGCUCCUUCCAGUUCACUGCUAGCAGUCCACAAGAAGCCAGGGAGUGGGUGGACCAGAUUAACUUUGUCCUUAAGGACCUGAGCUCCAGCUUCAUCCCCUUUGAUGAUGAUGAAGAGGAGGAGGAGGAGACCUACGAUGACAUUGACUCUUUGGCCAACCCUCCACCCCCACGUCCCACUGCAGCCACAAACCUCACCCCCCACAGCAGCCAGGAAGAGUGGAAAGGCAUUCAAAGGGCAGAGGAAGAGGAGGAGGAGGAUGACAUUUAUGAGGUUCUCCCAGAAGAUGACUUCCCAGACUCCACUGAGGAGGCUGCUGACAAGAACACAAAACCAGCGUGGUCCAUGGAUUAUGCCAAUUACUACCAGGGCUUGUGGGACUGUGAUGCCGAUGAACCAGAUGAGCUGUCCUUCCAAAGAGGCGACCUCAUUCACAUCAUCAGCAAGGAGUAUAAUAUCCAUGGCUGGUGGGUGGGUGAACUGAACGGCAACAUUGGCAUCGUCCCCAAAGACUUCAUGCAACCUGCCUACAUCCUGUGAGCUCCAAAAGGUCUCACUGUGGGAUGGUGGUAUAGGAGAUGUUGAGUGAUACUCCAGAGACCCCUUAACGGAACACUGGAAUGCUGAGGACAAACUGAGAUAGCUUUUCUAGUGUAGAACAUAGUAUCUGUGUCUGAUCAGUCAAUAAUCAAUCGUUGCUUGCAGGUUUUCAUUUGUUAGAUGUUAUUGAUUUUCUAUUUAUAUUGGACAUCUCAUCCUGCCAUAGCACAUUGUGUAACUGUCCUCCCCCACUCGAGAUAUUUAUAAUAAUAUUAAUUCAAGAUUUGCUGAUUUGUCUAACUGUUUAUGUUGUGUACUUUGGUAUGUAAAAUUGUUAUAAGUUUAUGCCAGAAAAAAAAAUCCUGUGGAAAGCACAA